AUGAUGGUGGAACAUCAUCGGAGAAUUGAUUCUGAUCAAAAAAUGGAACCAAAAAAAGUGGAAUUGGAGGAUGAAACGGGAGAGGAAAGAGCAAAAAGAGUUUGGAAAAUGGCGGAUUGUGUUUGCUUUGACGUGGAUUCGACGGUUUGUCGGGACGAAGCAAUCGAUGAAUUGGCGAAUUUCCUCGGCGUUGGUGAAGCCGUUUCAAAAGCGACAAAAGCGGCAAUGAACGGAAAUACGCGUUUCAGAGAAGCUCUCCGCUCAAGGCUAAACGUGAUGAAACCAUCAAAAGAACAGAUUGAAAAGUUCAAAAUCGAGAAUCCGCCAAAGUUGACACCGGGAAUAGAUAAACUCAUCUCGUCCCUUCACAAUCAUUCCAUUCCAGUCUACUUGGUGUCUGGGGGUUUCCGAAGUCUCAUUGAACCGGUGGCUGAUUGUUUGAAGAUUUCACGCACAAAAAUCUAUGCAAAUGUGCUACUUUUCAACGAGGAUGGAUCGUAUUCGGGGUUUGAUGAAAACGAGUUGACUUCAGAUUCGGGAAGUAAAGAGGUGAAAGAAAAGAAAUGUCUAAUGUUC